GACAAAAAAAAGAAAGAGCUGGCACAAUAACGACAGAGACAAAACAGAUUAAGAGAGAAUAAUAAUAGUAUGGUAACGCAGCAGUAAAGUAUAACAGCUAAAUCUAAGAUGGGAAGCUGUAUUCUGUCCGAAAAAGACUUCCGUACAUGUUAAGCUGCGAGCGAUACAUUUUAACAAAGGUGUCGUUUAUUUACUGAAAGCAUCCUUCUGGAAACAUCUGUCCUCCAGACUGUCCCCCACCCCUGCAUCGCUUUUCCUGGACGGAUGACAUACCUUGUCGGAUGCUGUGGGAAAGACCGCGCCCCCUUCACGACCCUGCUAGUUCGUCGGAUCCCGUCACGCGUCGUGCAUUUGUGGACAUCAUUCGGGGAUGGAGUAGAGGGAAGUAUGGGUCCAAGCGAAGAAAAAACGGUCGACAUUUAUCGUGACACAUGGGUCCGCUUUUUAGGCUAUGCCAAUGAAGUCGGGGAGGCCUUCCGUGCGCUGGUGCCAGUGAGCUUUGUUUGGGGCAGCUAUGCUGUGGCCACUGCUUAUGUUACCGCAGAUGCAGUGGACAAAGGCAAAAAAGCAGCUGUGGCCCACGGAGACAAUCCAGGGAAGACGACACGAGUGGCAGUAGCGGUCGUGGACACGUUUGUGUGGCAGGCCCUGGCCUCUGUGAUCAUCCCGGGCUUCACCAUUAACCGGGUGUGCGCUGCGUCCCUGUAUCUGCUGGGCAAGUCCACCAAGUGGCCUCUGCCUGUUCGCAAGUGGACCACCACAGCUAUUGGGCUCUCCACCAUCCCCUUCAUCAUCACUCCAAUAGACAGGUCAGUGGAUUUCCUGCUGGACUCGAGCCUUAGGAAGGUCUACAACGAUGGAAAGAAGCACGAAUAAAGAGGAUCAUGCAGACUGGAAGCACACCAGUCUGCAAACUUGCACCAAUUAUGCAGACACUCUGGAAAGCAACCAUGUCAUGGUGGAAGAUUUCAAACUCGCUUAGUGAUAUAACUGUAUUACCAUAAUUUUUAUGACGGAGCCGGAUAUUUAUGUAUAAGGUCAGGUGAUUUAAAGGGAAAUCCUGCUCCAGAGUAGGCUCAGUUUUAACCUCAGGGCAGUGUGGGUUGUAUUACCAAAAAUAAAUCUUAAUGAGAAUGUAGUAAUAUAGAAAUAAUACUACAUCUUCACUUUACCUGCUUGUUUAGCUUAGGUAUAAUAACAAAUUUCUAUAAGACAAGGAAAACUUCAAAUGUUGCCAUCUUUCAAAAGAGAACUGAUAUUUUUUACUGUAGCUUGUGAAGCAGCACUUAAUAACUAAACAUCAAGGUGCAUUUGUAUCAGUGAACUCUUGGUGUGUUAUAAUUAGCCAUAUUCAAAGGCACUGUAGUACAAUGGUAGGUCAAUGAGCCAGGUCACUGUCAAAGUUUUUCCUUUGCUUCUUUUUGAAGAUAAAGGUUUCUGUUACUGAAAAAAAAAACUGCAGCACUUAAGAGAUGUUACUUGGUUCACUUUUUCAAUCUUUUUUUUUCUUUUAAGGUUAAUGAGCUUUCACUGAUAGCCUUCUUUACACAGUAGUUCCAGCUUCUUUGAUUCUAUGCACUAUAAAAUCAGUUUACAUUUAGAAAUGGCAAUUUUAGAUCAUGUAAUACCGUAUACAGUACUGAGUUUUAUAUCUACUGUAGGUAUACUCUGCCUGAGCCAAU